GGCGCCUGCGCACUGCGGCGCGGCCGGGAUGAUCGCGGCCGGGAGGUCCCGCCGCCGCUUCCGGUGGGCGCGGGGUCAGAAGGCAGAGCCGAGGGCCGCGGAGGGGGGAGCGGGGUCCGGGGCCAGCGGGAAGGCUGGGGUACCCGGGACAACGAUCGGGGGACGAGGUUACGGCCAUGAACACCCACCCGGCGGACACCGCGCAGCCCGAGGAGCCCCCGCUGCCCCCUGGGCCCCUUCCCACACAUGUCAGGGGUGAGCAGCACUGGGCCUGGGAGCAGCAGGGGAUAAGGGCUCUAGGCUGAGAUUCCAGCCCUGAGGCCUCCUGGCCUCCUGUAGGCAUUGGGGUAGGGAUUGUUGGGUUUCAUUAUGGCACAUAGGACAGGGGAUGCCACCAGAAUGUCCUGAUAAAGGCUGUAGGGUGCACGUGACCCCCUCAGGGUCUUCCCCAGCUCUUGCCUCCGGUGUGUGCUUCCUUUGGCAGGGAUCAGCAUGGAGCAGCAGAGUGCCCAGGAGGAGUGGGAGGCAGUGGAGGAUAUCCAGUCAGCACCGAGGUGUGCAGCACUGGGUCUCCCCAGGAUGCAGCGGCUGCUCUGGGGUCAGGCAGAACUGGUUGUGGCACUCAUUGCCCUGGAGCGGAUGCAGGGCUGACGCUGCCCUGUGCCAUUCUGCAGUGCUGCGGGGGAGAUCAGCUGGUCCUGUGCCCCUCAUAUCCUUCAAUGAAGCGCUGCAGUUCUUCCAGACCACAGACCUGUCCGAGUGCAGGAAGAAGAUCCAAGCAACAGUGCGCAGGCAGGGCCUGACUGCUCUGCUUCACUUCCUCUUUGGGCCCCCCCGGCUCCAGCAGCAGCUGCAGGGCGAGCGGGACCUGGCUCUCGCCAUUGCUCAGUGUGGCUUGGAUAAUAACCAAGCAGUGCACAUGAGAAUCCUGCAGACCAUCUACAAGAAGCUGACCUGCUCCCGGCUGGGAUGCCCACGCUACGGUGCACACUGGGAGGAGCUCGGCUUCCAAGGUGCAGAUCCAGGGACCGACCUGCGAGGGACGGGGAUGCUGGGCUUGAUGCAAAUGCUGUACUUUGUGAUGGACUCUCAGAUGCUGCCUCUAGCUCUAGAGAUCUUCAGGCUCUCCCAGCAUGAGACACAGAAUUUCCCCUUCUGCAUCAUGUCUGUGAACAUCACCCGCCUCGUGCUGCAGGCCCUGAGGGAGGAGUGUCUCUCCAGAGAGUGCAACCGCAGGCAGCAAGUCAUCGCCGUGCUGAACGACCUGUAUGCAGCGGCGUUCCUGCAGCUCUACCGAGUCUGGAAGUCACAGCACAAGACCAUCGCUGACUCUGGCUUCCUCCUGAAGGAGCUGGAGUUCUCCACCAAAAAGAACCCGAAGCAGCUCCUGAAGUCCUUGGAGACCUACGUGAGCAGAAGCCUGGUGUCCACAGCAGAUGGCAUCCGGCAAGCAUCCUCUCUGUCCAUCAGCAGCGGCCGGGCUGGUGAAGAGAUAAACUUCAUGGGCAUUUGUGACCUACAGGUUGAGCUGGAGGGAGAGGCACGGCUGGUCUGAAAUCAGCUAUGAGGGGCUCAGUGCUGUGUGGGUUUGCAGCACUUGGGCAGUGCUGGGAGGAGAGUCAGAGGCCCGGUCAGUCAGCAGAGUGCUGCAGGGCGUGCGUUUUGCAGCGGGGUGGCUGUGCCCAUCCCUGCCUCCCCCGGCGUCCCAGCUGCAGUUUGCUAACACUGCUCAGAGCUAUAGGCACAAACUGCAGCCUUUGACCCUUUUCAGGUAGAGGUAGUCAGGCUGGUGGGUCACCCAGUGUUCAUGGGAGAGUUUUCCAGCCUAGAUGGGUCCGUGAUUUGAAAUCUGGCAACGUAGGAGAAAAAAAAACCAGCUGGGUUUUGUUAGCCACCAGCCUCGUGCUGGGCUCCACGCCUGCCCUGCCGGCUCAGAUGUGCGGUGUUGUUCAUCCUUACCCUGGCACGGGCUGGAAGUGCAGGUGGGAAACUUCAGGUGGGAGCUCUCCCUGCUGCAGAGCUCACUGCUUCGGAGCACGUGGAGGGGUGUGAAACCUGGAGCUUUUCGUUAGAGCUCCUUAUUGCCCAUCUGUGGUGCUGACGGCACCAGCACAGCCCCAUGGCUGAGGUUGGGGUGGGUGGCAGCUCCUCGUUUGGGGACCCCUCCCCGGCCCCCCCAGGGAGUGGCUGUGAAUGGAUGUACCAAAAUAAGCUGUUGAAAGCAAAAAAAACACUCCUUGGCGUUCAGAGACUUCUUGGUGUAGGCUUGCUGGGGUUUUCCCUGGCUGAGCUGGGGGUGGGAGGGGAGCAGAGCAGGGGGUUGGGUCCUCGCUGUGUUUCUCCCUUUCUCACCCCACAUUUCAGCAUAGGGCUGUGCUGGAA